CUCUGACAGCAUACAGUCACACCAUGAGCAGACUCAACUACAGCAAGUGGGACAAUCUCGAGCUGAGCGACGACAGCGACGUCGAAGUUCACCCAAACGUCGACAAGAAGUCUUUCAUCAAGUGGAAGCAGAGGGAUAUUCAUGAGAAGAGGGAGACGAGGAAACAGGAGCUGGCAGCUUACCGCACGGAGUUGGGAUUCAAUGAUACACUUGAGCCGUUGCUGAAGGAGAUCACAGACUCGACGAAGUCUCAAGGUCACCAGUACUUCUCACGCGAAGUCUCCCGUCUCUCUGCAGGUCGAGCGGAGCGCGGCAACAAGGACGGUCCCAAUGGUCCCACUACCGACGACAUGCUGCUCUCGCUCCUCCUUCAGAUCAACGAGGAGCCCUCCGUCAAAGGAAAGGCCGACACAGAGCUCGACGAAGCCCUCGUUGCCAAGUUGGUGGAUCACCAGGGACGAUUAAAGGCACGGACCCUGCAGCUCAAGGCAGACAUUCAGAGGAUUGAAGAGGAGGACAAGAAGAAGAUCACCAGCGAGGGACUGAAAGAGGGAUUCAACAGCUCACACGUCGCCAAACCUGAACCUGAAGAAGCCGCUCCAGCUCCCAAAAAGAAGACACAGAGCAAGAAGACGACUACAUCUUCCAUCGAGACCCUCAAUGCUCCCUCGUCUUCCUCCGCGGGACCCUCUUCAACGUCAGCCGCACAAGCUGCCGACUCGGAUGCAGAAGACGACGAGGAGGAAGUGCCCGACCUGACACCCAUGACCAAAGCCUUUGGUCUUCUCCCUCCCUGCAUCCCCUCCUUCUUGCCUUUGACCCUCUCUCAACUUCCACCCAACUUCACUCCCAAGCAACUAGACGGCAAGCCCUUUUCCGCCGCUCUAGAGUUUCUCUCCUCGCACCGUCUCCUCCUGCGCGACGACUCGGAUACCAGCGAUGCCCUCCUGGUCGAGGCCUUCCAAUCCCAGAUGCGCGGCGAGUCCAAACGCGCCCGCGGCUUCGUGGAAAAGGGUCUGAUGAUCCAAUACCUGACCAAGCUAGGAAAAGACGGUGUGAACCUCUUCUUCCGUCGGAUGGCCUCGGCGGAUGGGAAAGCUGUGACGGUCUUUUUCAAUGAUGUGCUCAGCACCUACCGACGGAUUGCCGAUCGAUGCGAGACGCUCAAGAAGGAAGAGGCCGAGGGGGUUGGUGCGGGGGAGGAAAAGGAGCAAAUUCAAUUGGUUGCAGAAGAUCCUUCGACGGUCAUUACCUUUGAGGUACCAGAAGGACCACCCCCUGAGAAUAUUCAAAUCGAAAUGCCCGAAGGUGACGAGGGCGAGGGCGAUGGUGAGGAUGGGGAGAGACCACAAGUGGACAUUGAGCAAAUCCGUCUCUUCCUCCAACGUCGUUGGGACAUCUUCCUCUCCCUUGAAGAAGAGAUGCAAACUGCCCUCCGUACGCAUAAUUUGGGCAAAGUAAAUGCUGUAUUGGGGAAUAUGAAGGUGCAGAGGGCUGAAGAGGUAGUGGGAUUACUUGAUCAAGGUGGGAUAUUGAAUUUUGGUAGUGGUGGAGCCGAAGUUAGGGAUGAGACGGGAAAGUAGCAGAGGGGAGGGCGUGUGGGGAGGGAGGGAGGAAGGGAGGACGAGGAUGAUUUAAUCUCCACAUCGUUAUUGAAGUACAACCAUGCGCG